GUGGAAAGAAAUAGCCAAAUAAACAAGGUGUCAAUAUCGCUUGAAGGAACGUAGGAAUCAAAUGGGUGGUAGUAAUCUUUCUGAACUGUGUUCUAAGGGUGAAGUAGAGCCAAUUUAUUCUUAUCUUCGACAGAUAGCUCCAGAUACAAUAGAAUGGUCUGAUAAUAAAAACAGCAAAUCUGAAGAUGAUGUCAUUAAAUACGCAAAUGGGGUCUGGGGAUUUCGAGACGGGGAUGGCCGCACAGCAUUUCACUGGUCAAUUGCCCUUCGAAAUUAUGGUUUAGCGAACACUCUUAUGAAUGAACCCUAUAGAUCUCCCGUGCUCAGUGAGGAUGAGGAUGGCGUAACACCCUUUAUGACCGCGUGUAUGGUGGGUGCGCCCGAGAAAUUUGUGUCAUUACUACUUGAAAAAAGUGUAUUAGUCUAUCAUUUGUUUCAAAAAUGUCCUUUAUUACAACGUCAGCAGUCGGUGGAGGGAGGAAAAGCAGAGAACGAUAGCGGACAUAAGGCCGUUGGAAACCUCGGUGAUACUGAGGUAAACCCAGAGCAAGGUGUUGUACUGACCAAUGACGCUCCCAACGUCUCAAACGAAGUGUCUAUUUCCCAUGAGCCCGUCGCUACAUACAAAAUUGUCAAUGUAGAGGAUUCAAUGGGUAACACAUCUCUUCUUCAUGUUGCAAGUCGUGGGCAUACACAUUUGAUCGAUUUUUUAAUAAAAAAUGGAGCCGACUUGAAUCAUCAAAAUAGGCGUGGUCAGUCGGCCCUCCAUCGUUCCGUUGGGCGCGGCGAUAUGGAGACUGUUGAGAAGCUUUUGUGCGCUAGCAAACAGAAGAUCAAUAGAUCUAAGGAAACGCAUCGGCGUUGGAUGAAUCUUCAAGAUUAUCGAGGAGAUAGUGUUUUAUUUUACGCCUCCAUGGAAAAUAAUGAAGAUUUAGGACGCCUUUUACUUCAGAAUGGGGCAAACCGAGACUUGCGCAACAAAGAGGGAAAGGAAUUUUGGGAGGUUUAAAUGCCACGCAAUGCUUAUAGCCAUUAUUAAUACUACUAUUAGUCUACUCUUUAUUUUAUAUGCGGUUAACCAUAGCAUUGCCUUCAUAUUCGAAGAGAUGAGCAUCAGAGGUAAACUA